AGGUAGGUAGGUUUAAUAUGGCCGAGUAUAAUGAAUACCUAUAUGUAGUAUGUAUUACCUAAUUAUACGAGUUCAAAAAAGAGGUAAAGAUUGUGAGGUUGUAUGGGGUAAUUGUGGAUCUAAACUGAUUUUUGAAAUUCUUUUACCAAUAGAAAGCCACAUUAUACGUAACUGUCGUGUGUUUUUCUAUAAAAUCAUUUAGUAUUUUAUUAUGUCAUACUUUGUUUUUCAUACAGAAAGUGCAAAUAAUAAACGCAUUUGUGUCCACUGUGUAUUAUUGUGUUACAUUACUAUGUUAUUAUACUUAUUUAUUGAAAUGAUCGAAAACAACCCACUUAGCGAGUAUUUCUAAUGUAACAAGUAUUAAGGAAUAAGUAUGAAAUGAGAGAAAAGCCAUACCUAAUUGUUACCAACACGGAAUUUACAUUUUUCAUUAAAUUUACAAACCGUGUCUAAGUGGUCAGUAUUUACGAUUAAGAUAAUUUCAUGCUACUAAAGUAAGAAUUCAGUGGGUAUUUAUUUGGAAAUACUCUUACCUUAAACAUAAAUUACCUACUUGGUUAAACCACUAGAGAUCAUGCGGGUCAUAUUUUUGACUUUCAUGUUUUUUGUAUUUUCUAAUUUCGGCCUUGUUUACGGGGAUGUAGUUUGGAAUUUCGGUAGAGAAACUCGGGACAGCUAUGUCAUUGGACGCGAAGUUGGACAAAUACAUUUUUUUGAAAAGACCAAACGGAUUCCCUUGAACAUACCGCCUUGCCACGAAGUGACGGCGGUGCGAGUGGCGGUGGACAACGACGUGUCGACGCCCACCGUGACGUACGCCAGAGACACCCUCACCGUCACCGUCGCCUACACCCUGCUGCAGGUCAGCAGCUCCACCUUCGACGUCGCCACCAAGGGCCGCCAGAUCCCCGGCUGCACGGCGCACCAACAAUUAAGCCAACCUGUGUUUUGGGACGACUAUUAAAAUAUCUCUUUUUUUUAAUUUGGUAGCGUGUGGAGUUUGUGUAUUGUUUGCAAAAAUAUAAAAAUACUUAC